AAAUCUCAAACGAGUAUACAUUUUGACUUUGCGAGAGUAUAAAAUGUUCGGUUAAAUUCGAACUUAGCCCCUCCUUACCUGUUUAUUUAUGAAUUGGUUUGACUUUUAACAGAAUAGAGAUACACGGUAUUCUAUAUUUUAAGUUGGAUCAUACUGUGUGCUAAAUUUUACGAAAAUCGGCUUAGUAGUUUAGGAGUUCACCCCGGACAAUCAACGUGUCACGUAACUUUUAUAGAUAUAGCUAUUCUCCACAAGCGGCGCCACUAGGUCAAUAAUAAAAAAAAAAUUUCCCAAAUCGUGUGGUUUAGGGUAUGAAAAGGAGAAAUUUAUCGAAUUCUAUUUUAAUCGAUUUACUAAUACGAAAAAGCUCCCAUCUAAACUUUCAUAAUGCAUAAUGCUCUUGCUGAUUAGAAUAUUCGCACUAUUGAAAAGCGAAUUGUAGAGUCAGUAAGCUCACAAGUGCAGUAGCGAUCAGUACCAAUAACUGUCUGGGCAAACGAGUUCGGAAAUAUUUUUAAAAUUUGUUUGCAUAUUAAACUGCUUUUUAUUAUUAUUUGAUUAAUUAAUAACAACAAAACAAUUAAAAUGUUAUCACGUCAUCUAAUCAAAUUCGAUGCACUAGUAGGGUAUUCGUUAAAGUCUACGGUUUUAAGGGGGUAUGCAACAGCUGUGGAACAAACGCAGGUAAAUGAAACAGCGUCAGCUCCGAACGAUUGGGAAAACGCGCGUCCAUAUUCAGAAAUGCCAGGUCCAAGCAAGUAUGAAAUGAUUCGUGGAUUUUUACCAGGAGGACCGUUUUAUAAGCAAACAUUUAUUGAAGGAAUGACUAAUAUGGCACAAAAAUAUGGCGAUGUCUAUCGAAUUCCUGCCAUGUUUGGCAGACCAGAAAUGGUUUUGGAUCUUAAUCCAAAUGAUUAUCCAAUAAUAUUUCGCAAUGAGGGAAUUUGGCCAGAACGGCGUACUUUCGAAACCUUCAUUUAUCAUCGUAAGGUGCAUAGGGAAGAGUUUUUUCGAGGCGUGAGUGGACUAUUGACAACAACUGGCGAGGAAUGGGCAAAAAUACGUACCGCCGUUAAUCCAGUUCUAAUGCAACCUAAAAACGCCAAACUCUACUUAAACACGUUAUUGGAAGUCAAUGAUGAAUUUCUCGAAAGAAUACGUCACAUACGCGAUCCUUUAACGCUCGAAGUUCCCGAUGACUUUCAUGACGAUAUUAAUCGCCUCACUUUAGAGGGCGUAGUAAGUAUCGCACUGAAUACCCGCUUAGGAAUGAUACAUAAAAAUCGUGAUAAUCCGGAAAGUAAAAUAUUUUUGAAAGAAAUCCGCAAUUUUUUCGAUCUAUCCGAAGAGGUAGAAAUCAAGCCAUCCAUUUGGAAGAUAAUCAAAACACCGAAGUUUUAUCAACUAAUGAAAACAUUAGAUAAGCUUACAGUGUUGUGCAAUAAGUAUAUUGAUGAGGCGCUAAAACGAAUUGAUUUGGAUAGUGAGGGGAAAUUCACCUCCGAGGAAAAUAAGGAAAAGAGCGUUUUAGAGAAACUAUUGAAAAUUGAUCGCAAAAUCGCUGUGGUUAUGGCUUUGGAUAUGAUGAUGGCUGGCGUCGAUACAACAAGCUCCACCUUAACGGGCAUUUUAUUUUGCAUUGCUAAAAAUCCCGACAAACAACAGAAACUAUUUAAGGAACUAAAAAGCAUUUUGCCAAAUAAGGACUCCCAUUUGACUGUAGAGAAUAUGCAAAAUCUUCCAUAUCUACGCGCUUGUAUUAAGGAAGGCAUGCGCUAUCAUCCCAUUAUUGCUGGCACUAUGCGUCGGCUGCCAAACGACGUUGUGCUGAGCGGAUAUCGUAUUCCUGCCGGUAUUGAUAUAUCGGUUAGCUCCAAUUUGCUGUUACGCAAUGAGAAAUUUGUGGAAGAGCCAAAUAAAUAUAUACCAGAGCGUUGGCUGCGGAAUGACAUCGAGGGUAAAAAAUAUCAACUUAACAACCCAUUUCUAUUUCUUCCCUUCGGCUUUGGUCCGCGCAGUUGCGUGGGUAAACGAAUUGUGGACCUAGAAUUGGAGGUCACCUUGGCGCGUUUGGUGCGCAAUUUCAUGAUAGAAUUCAAUUAUUCAACGGACAAUGCUUUUGUACCGAAAAUGGUAUUCAUACCAGCUAUACCACUUAAAUUCAGAUUCGAAGAAAGAAAGGAGUGAAAAAACGGGUAUUAACUGAUAAAUUAAUUAUAUACUCACAUGUUUAUAAAAGUAUAAAUUGUUUAUAAGUGUUAAAAAAGAAAAUUAGAAAUGAUUGGCCGAUAAGAUUUCUCAGUAUGUAAAUAAAAUUAACGUAAGUACUUGUACAGUUAUGGGUUCAUAAAAUAGAUUACAAAUAUACAAGCAAAAAGGAAAAUAA